AAACCCAUUAUUAGCAAACACUUUUAGAUACAAAUCACUCUUAUUUUUCUCAAAAGGUGAAGAAUUUCCUAGUUCACCAUGGCUAACAUUGAGAGGAAGAAUAAGGGAAGGCAAAGAGUAGCCAUGGUGCGUAUGGAAAAAGAAAGUAACCGUUUAGUUACCUUCUCAAAACGUCGUGCUGGCUUGUUUAAGAAAACUAGUGAACUUUGCACCUUAUGUGGUGCAGAAGCUGCAGUUAUUGUUUUUUCCCCUGGAAGAAAAGCCUUUUCUUUUGGCCAUCCUUCUGUUGAUGCCACCAUCAACCGUUUUAUACUUUCUGAUGAUCAAUUGAACCGCGAUAACCUCAAUGGCCAGCCAUCUGAAACUCCUAAAAACCUGAAUGUCAUAGGUCGCAACUUGGAACUUACCAUCGUUAACAAUCAACUGGAGUUUGAGAAGAUGCGAUAUGAAGAACUCAUCAAUGGAAGAAAGCUAAGGGAAGAAGAUUACAAGUGGUUGAAGUUAGUUGAUGAAUGUGGCAUACAAGACCUUAAAAGGCUUCUAGAGUCACUAACUGGGAUGAGGAGCAAUCUGUACCAAAUGUAUGACCAAGUUGUAGUUGAAGUUAAUAAUACUAGGAAUAUUUUAGAAUCUACUUAUAAUUUACCACCAGAUAUGAUGGGAAGAGAUAACGGUAUCUCAACUGUCUUUGGUGGCCAUCCUCAUCAAAUGAUGAUGGCUGGAAGUUCUAGUAAUUUUGACCAUUCUCAGAUGAUGAUGAUUCAAGCUCCCAUGAGUGAGUUUGGAGAUCCGUCUUUGACAAUGGGGUCGAAUGGCAUAGCCAUGGAGCAUCUUCUUGAUGCAAAUGCGAAUGCGAAUGCGAAUGCGAAUGCGAAUGCGAAUGCUAAUGCUAAUGCUAAUGCUAAUGCUAAUGGUAAUGGUAAUGGUAAUGCUAAUGCUAAUGCUAAUGCUAAUGCUAAUGCUAAUGCUAAUGCUAAUGCUUUAUCUAUGCCAAAUCCCAUGGGAUUAGCGUUUCCUGAUCCAAACUUAAUGCCAUCUUUCCAAGGGGGAAAUAAUCCUGUAGGAGGCAGUCAAUUUGAUGGGCUUCCUCCUUUGCCUUCAUUCAAUGCUCAGCCUAUGAAUCCUAUGAAUCCUAUGUCAGGUAAUUUCCAGAAUUUCCCUUCAAUGCUACCGGGGGCGGAUGUCAUGGAUGCUCCAACUGUUCCCUUCAAUCCUCCAAAUGGAUUUGUAUUUGGUAAUGGUAAUGAAUUUAACUAG